UUCCUCGGGACGCCGGAGCGUAGACCGUUUGCACAAAUGCGUGUGCUGCGUACAACGGCGACACGGCGUUCGCUGACAGUUUGCCGAUCGUUUUUUUUUUUUUCGCUACCGCUUUUUCUUCCGUACACGCGUAUCAGUCGCACAAAACUUGUACGUCCGGUGCGCCGUGUUGAUGUUCGGUAGCGUUUUCACGACCAUAAGGUUCGCCGUGACAUAACCGUACAACACGCGCCCAUACGCGAACCCCAUACACGCGUUACGGCGGCACUUGUUCGCGUCGCUCUCCGGACGAUAGGUUAGUCGUCGUGGCCGCAAACAAUUAUAAACCAAAAAAAAAAAAACCGUGGAUUCGCGUAUCUACGCGGGCGCGCGCGCGUGGGGUCGACUGUGCCGGACGUGGUUACGCGACGGAUACCGCAAUAACACGACCGACUUCCGGUUUUCAUAAACAAUGUUUUUACGUAACCGUUUUCUUGCCAUAGCGUAAUCGUAUUUAAUUAUCGUGCUGAUCGUCGUCGUCGAGUACACCGCAGCGUCCGAAAAUGAGUCUUUCCGAAUCCGGAUGGAAUACAUACGACGCUCCUGGAUUAAACAGGUGGCAAAACAAUGCCAAUGGUUCAACUGUAUCGAAAAUGCAGCACAAAUAUUGGGUAACUAAACAGCAAGUAUGUAAAAAAUUAGGCAAAAAAGACGAUGAAUUCAUAGUAGCCUCGGACGCGGAACUUGACGCUAAACUUGAACUGUUCAAGUCUAUUCGGAGUAGUUGUCUACAUUUGCAAAGGAUUGUAAAUAAAUAUGACGAAAAAAUCUACAACUUGGCAUAUGAAGAAAAUCAAAUGGGUUUGUUUUUAAAAAAAUCUGGAAACAAAGAUCAAACCAAAGCUGGCGAAAUGAUGCAAAUUUUAGGAAGCUGCAUGGCACAAUCAGGACAAGAAAGAGUUGGAUUACGUACGCCUUUGGCUAGAUUACAUCAAGAAAUAGAAACGUUUUGUUUGAGAGCUGUGGAGGAUACGCGAGGUGAUGUGAAACGGAUGGAAAACGCUCGAACAGAUUACAGGGCUGCGUUGAACUGGAUGAAGGACGUUUCUCAAGAAUUGGACCCGGACACUAAUUCUCAAUUGGACAAAUUUAAAAACGUGCAGACCAAGGUGAAGAAAUCCAAACAGCAGUUCGAUCAUCACAAGUUGGUUUGCUUGCAAAAAGUCGACUUGUUGGCCGCCGCGCGUUGCAACAUGUUUUCUCACGUUCUCAUUUUCUACCAACAAAGUCUACAGCGAUUUGCAGAGUCCGUAGCAGCCUCAUUUGAAAAUGCGACCAAAGACUUUAAACAGUACCAGCAGUACGAUUUUAAAAUGAUCAAAGAAUUACGAACGGAUUCAGUGAAGUCCAAAACAGAUGAUAACAGCAAUGAUUCAAGUUCGUAUACGGAAUUGGGUAUCGAAGCUACUUGUGACCAAAGUGAAGAAAAUAAUGAAACCGCUUUGCUGUCGUUAUUCGACGGAAACGACAGUUUUGGUAAUUUCUUGUCAAAUCCUUAUGAAAGUAGCCAAGAAGAAAAAGAUACAGAAAUUAAACAAUACGGAAUAACAGGAGAUGAAUUUUUACCGUCUCAACUGUUGUCGGAUUUAUUAUUUGGAUCAUCAGAACCUAAUACAAAAAAAUCGGCAGUUUCGUCGAAUAAUUGGUCAGACAUUUUUGCCGAUCUCGAUCCGCUGAACGAUCCAGGAUCAGCUUUUAAACGAGAACCAUUGGAUCUGCUUUAAACCUGCAACAGUAUUACUGUUUUUUUUUGUGUAUAAUA